AUGGAGUCGACGGAACCCACCUCCGUCUUUUUUGCGCCGGAACUUUUCCACUCUCACAAUAACGACGAGCCUGUUACACAGGAAUCCCUCGUUCCCGACGCGCCGGGUGUCGGGGUCGUCGUGGGAGAAGGAGGCGACAUGAAAGAGAUGGAGACCUCGAAUAAUGAUAUCCAUUUUAACGAGGAGGAAAUCAAGCAGGAAAUCAUCGAUACGCCCUAUCCCCCACUGGAUGACGAGACGAUGCCUGGUGCAAACUCCUCGAUCAUGGAUAUGGUAGAAGAGACUCUGCAAGUGGAUAAGGCGCCGGCACAAGAUACUCCAGAGCAUGCUCCUAAACCGCGCAAACAUCCAGGAAGGUCCAGAAAGGUCGAUCCAGAUGCACCUCCCAAGUCUACCGUACAUUCUUCCAAAAAUGAAGGACAGCACACCGAUCGAAGGUAUCUCUGUUACCUAUGUAACAAACUAUUUACAAGGCGCCGUUCUGUGAGGGACCACAUUUCAAAAAUCCAUAACACAAAGACUUGGGAACCUUUACGCAGUCUGGAAAUCAUUGUCGAGCCUUCUACCGGUGAGCCAGUCGAGCCACUAGAAGAUAUUAUUGCCAGAGGUCCGCCUCCACCACCUCCCAAACCGACAAAGGCUGAAAAAGCCGCGAAGCGGAAAGAAGAAGAGGAACGGGAGGAGCAGGGGCAAGACCACGACGAGAAUGAUAAACCAGUCGAGGACGAGAUUGUCCGUGUUCCUGCAGAACCGUCUCCCACUCCGACGAGCGCUGUCGUGAGUCUCAAGAAAGAACCGUCUAUCACAGGUUCGCGAGCGUCUUCGACGGAGCCAUUUGCAACCCCGGUGCCAUUGGCAGGCAAAAAACGACCUGCAUCCGAUGACUCUGGCAAGCCGCUCUCGGCAGCGGCCAAAAAGAAGGGAACAGCAAAGAUCAAAAGCUCGACCGCGCCGAAUAAGAGAUCUAAGCUCAGCGAAUCCGAGCAAAGUCCUCCGCUGGGACGAUCGACUUAUCGUUCCCCCAGUGCCACUCCGGCCUCGACACACUUGAAGCCUGUGCCAUCGAAGCUCAAGAAGCAGACAUCUGCUGCCAGCGUCAAAUCAUCCCCCCCUCCAUCCUCGCGUGCCGUUUCUCUCGAGGUUAAUUCUCCCUCUCCCUCGAUGGCAGACACACCGACAAGCUCCAAUGAUGACGGUGAGGUAUUUUGUAUCUGCCGCAAGGGGGACAAUCAUACAUGGAUGAUUGCAUGCGAUGGUGGAUGUGAUGAGUGGUUUCAUGGCAACUGUGUGAACAUUCGAGAACGAGACGGGGAGCUCAUCGACAAAUACAUUUGUCCGAACUGUACGAAACCCGGGUUACAGACAACCUGGAAGCGCAUGUGUCGGCGCAAAGACUGCAGAAAGCCAGCUAGGGUGACGCAGGAUCCUCCCAGCAAAUACUGCUCGGAUGUUUGUGGGCGUAUGUUCUUCGUGGAAUUGGUCCAACGGGGCGAUCCUCAUGUGCAGACAAGCCGAGAUGGCCAAUAUGUCAUCGAGGCAGCGAAGUCGAAGAAACUUCGGAAGAAACACAAGAGACCUGACGCCCGAAACAAGGUUCCAAAGCCGAUUCUCAGCCUUGCCAAUGGAGACGUUGGAGACCUCGUCAACUCUGACAGCCGUCUUGCGACGCCUGCCUAUAGUGAUGAAGAGAAGACCGAGUACGAGACGGACAGCAGUCUUGACGAUGAUAUGCUUCCCAAUCGAGGUGCUGCAUUGCGAGCGGGAGAAAUCAAAGCGCUUCUAGACAGAUGCAAAACCAUUGAAGACUGGAGAGCUCUAGGAAGAAAACCAGACACACCGCCUCGGGAAAUGGAUGUGACUGAAUCAAAACCUCCCCCCCUGGAAUUUGACGACUUGGAAACUACCAAACUGGCCAGUAUUGACGAAGAGAAGCGACAACUCAAUGAAAGGUACGACAUGCUUAUGGCACGGGAAGCUUUCCUUGGAUUGGUGAAAGCACGAUCUAGCAGCAUCACGGAAGAAGUGAGAAAGACACAUCCGAAGAUGAAGGACGUGUGUGGGUUUGAUCCUCGAAUGUCAUGGUGCGAUGAAGAGUUUCUCACAUGGUAUCACCGAAAGGGAGGUAAAGAGAUCCUGGGGGCGGGUGCACAUGGCCGAAUUGGACCUCCUGACGACAACUCCGACGACGCAGACAAGAAACCCAAUGGAAUCAACAGGGUCAAGUCCAAUUCGAACCCGGACAGCGCAGACGAAGAAGAAGAUGAGUUGGACACCAUGCCUAAGAAAGGAGGAGUGUGUAUCAAGAAUCGCUGCCCUCGACACCGAAAUUGGGCCAAAGGUCAACUCGCAGAGUUGCGAUUCGAACAGGAUCUCGUCAGACGAGCGCUGUCGAGAUGUGAGACUCAAGAGAAUCAAAUUAGGGAGAGGGCCAUGUUGAAAGCGUGGGAGAUGAAAGGAUAA